AGCACCGUACACUCUGCGCUUGUUACCGGAGCGAACGGCUUGGUCCUGUUGCCGUCAACGGUAAAGCUAUUCAGCACUGCGGUGGAGACGGAGAGAGAGAAGGGGAGAGUGACAGAAAGAGGUAGAGAGAGAGAAGAGAGAGAGAGAGAGAGAGAUGGGUCCAGAGACCGUGAAGCAUCCCUGAUUCUUUAGUAGGCUACAACGCAGCGAAGUUCCCCUAGCUGCUCUGCUUGGAUCGUUUCCUCCGGCCGCUGAGCGUGUGUGUCCAGGAUGAGUAACAUCUACGAGUCAGCUGAGGCCACCCUGGGCUUCAUCAGCUCUCCCUGCCUCACCAAGGUGGAGCUGCGGGUGGCGUGCAGGGGCAUCUCUGACAGGGACGCCCUCUCCAAGCCAGACCCCUGUGUGGUCCUCAAAAUGCAGUCCCAUGGACAGUGGUUUGAGGUGGACCGUACAGAGAUCAUCAGGAGCAGCAUCAACCCGGUGUUCUCCAAGGUGUUCCUGGUGGACUUCUACUUUGAGGAAGUGCAGCGUCUCCGCUUUGAACUGCACGACAUUAGCUCCGCCCACAAUGGCCUUCGUGACACAGACUUCCUGGGUGCCAUGGAGUGCACGUUAGGACAGAUCGUGUCUCAGAGGAAAUUGGCCAAAGCUCUACUCAAGCAGGGAAACACCUCAGGCAAAUCUUCCAUUACGGUAACAGCAGAGGAGAUAUCUGGAAAUGAUGAUUAUGUGGAACUGGGCUUCAGUGCUCGCAAACUAGACGACAAGGAUUUCUUCAGCAAAUCAGAUCCCUUUCUCGAGAUCUUCAGAAUAAAUGAUGAUGGCACUGGGUCCCUUGUUCACAGGACUGAGACAGUCAUGAACAACCUGAGUCCGAUGUGGAAGUCCUUUAAGGUGUCUCUGAAUACCCUCUGCAGUGGAGACCACGAGCGAGAGCUGAAGUGCACAGUAUGGGACUGGGACUCUAAUGGGAAGCACGACUUCAUUGGAGAAUUUCAGACCACCUUUAAGGAGUUACGUACGGACUGUGAGGGCAAACAGAUGCAAUGGGAGUGUAUAAAUCCCAAAUACCAGGUGAAGAAGAAGAACUACAGAAACUCCGGGGUCGUCCUCCUCAACCACUGCAAGAUCAUCAAGAUGUACUCUUUCCUGGAUUACAUCAUGGGAGGCUGCCAGAUACAGUUCACGGUCGCCAUAGACUUCACAGCAUCCAACGGUGACCCCAAGAACAGCUGUUCGCUCCAUUACAUUCACCCCUACCAGCCCAAUGAGUAUCUGAAGGCUCUGGUCGCUGUAGGAGAGAUCUGCCAAGACUACGACAGUGAUAAGAUGUUUCCAGCCUUUGGGUUUGGUGCUCAGAUACCUCCUGACUUCAAGGUGUCGCAUGACUUUGCAGUGAACUUUGACGAGGACAACCCGGAGUGUGCAGGUAUUCAGGGUGUGGUAGAGGCCUACCAGAACUGUCUUCCUAAGAUCCAGCUGUAUGGUCCUACCAACAUCGCUCCCAUCAUCCAGAAAGUGGCUUCCUCAGCCUCGGAGGAGAUGCACACCAAGGAGGCAAUGGAGUACUUCAUCCUCCUUAUUUUGACCGACGGUGUAAUCACUGACAUGGCCGACACGCGUGAGGCCAUCGUGCACGCGUCCCACCUGCCCAUGUCCGUCAUCAUCGUUGGCGUGGGCAACGCCGACUUCACAGACAUGCAGAUGCUGGACGGGGACGACGGGAUCCUGCGCUCGCCCAAGGGAGAGCCCGUGCUGAGAGACAUUGUCCAGUUCGUCCCCUUCAAGGACUUCAAGCAUGCAUCCCCAGCAGCUCUGGCUAAGAGCGUGUUAGCCGAGGUUCCGAACCAGGUGGUGGAUUACUACAACGCUAAAGGCAUUAAACCCAAAUGCAUGUCUGACUAUGAGUCUUCCAGAUCUUUCAGUCCCUGACAACAUGUCCACGCACAUACACAAAUGUAUAUGCACAUACAUUUCCAUAUAUAGAGCCCCCUCCACACACACACACACACACAAACACAAACACGCACACAAACCAUACUUCUCCAUACUUCUUCUAUACUGUAGUCUAGCUCAGAGAGAUAGCUUGUUCUGGUGGUUCUAACUAUGGAUAAUUGCAUGUGCCUCAGUGGCUCCAUCUUUUAGAAGGAAUGUGACGUCAGAGAUACAGUAUGUCUUUAGAGAUGUCAGAACAGUGAACUGACCCAGCAUGCAGACUUCAACCAUACAGUAGUUCACCAAUGAAAUGACACUCUUACCUUAUUUAGAUAACUAGCAAGACAGAUCUUUAGCCUCAACCAGCAAGCCAAAGUAUGGCCUAGAGUUAGCGCCCAUGAGUGUAGACAUGUAUUAAGAGGAUUGGUAACACCUCUGGCUAAUAUACUCUCAACUGCAUGCACAACUCAAGAUAUCUUCUCAACAUUUUGUAGCAACUUGCAAGUUAUCCACAAACUAAAGUAUUUUUGUCAUUUAAGUGAAAUAGCCACCAGUAAGGUGAGUUGGUUUCUGGUUCUUUUCUACAGGUUUGAUGACAUUUUGCUAAAUUACAGAAAUUAAUAAUAAUUGUAAUAAUUUCUUAAUCUUCUUAAAAUUCAAAGUGUUUUGUGGGGGAAUACAGUAGGCAUACGUGUGUGUUUG